UGUGGGAAAUGUGGUUUGUUAUGAACGCCGAAAACUUCCCCUACUCUGCCAAAGAAGAUUGUAAUGCUGAAAGGGUCCCAGUGUUUACAGAUUUGCGUCUUCCAGGGAACGCCUGCGAAGCUGCUCUGCCUUAUGGGAAAUGUAGUUUACCUCUAUUCGGUUUGGAAGAAGGCGCAGGACAGUGAUGAAAAAGAUUCAGUAUCUUCCCUGGAAGCAGGGUCUGGAUACCAUUGCUGCUGUUCUAUUUAAAUCAGCUUCAUUUUCCUGAGGUGGGAAUCUCUCCAGUCCGCUGCUAAAGUAGUCCAACUCUAGGAUCAAAUUAGCCUAGAAGGGGUGGCGUGUGCGUCUCUUUACGGCAGGGCGUGUGGCUGCGCAUACUCAGUAAGAGAAGCAGGAAAGAUGGCGGAGCCCGAGACCAAAAGAAAGAUUCCUUUGGUUCCGGAGAAUCUCCUGAAGAAGAGAAAAGCUUACCAAGCACUCAAAGCCACUCAGGCGAAGCAGGCACUUUUGGAAAAGAGGAAGCAAAAGAGAGGGACUCAGCUCAAAUUCAAGCGGCUGGAAUCAUUUGUCCAUGAAUCCCAUCGGGUAGUCCGUGAUGUAGCUCGUCUCAGGCGCCUGGAUUCAAAGCCUGGGUGCUACGUGCUGAAGGAUGGACAGCACCUGGGCUUUGUGGUCCGGAUGGAGAGGAUUAAUGGGGUGAGUGACAAGGUGAUAAAGACAAUAGAGGAACUUCGCCUGAAGAAAAUUUAUAGUGGUGUCUUUGUUAAAAUGACCCCAUCUUCCUUAAAGAAACUACGAAUUAUAGAACCUUAUGUAGCCUGGGGAUAUCCUAACCUAAAAUCAGUCCGAGAGCUCAUUCUAAAACGAGGACAAGCCAGGAUAAAUAAUAAGAAAGUCUCCCUAACAGAUAAUACUCUGAUUGAGGAGUAUCUAGGGAAGUUCGGUAUCAUUUGCCUGGAAGAUGUCAUCCAUGAAAUCUACUCAGUGGGAGAGCAUUUCCCCCGGGUCUCAAGGUUCCUGUGUCCUUUCCCCUUGUCCGUGGCCCGCCAUGCUGCCAAGAAUAGAGUGGGCUUCCUCAAGGAAAUGGGCAAACCCGGCUAUCGAGGUGAAAGCAUCAAUCAGCUCAUUCGACAGCUAAACUAGACCCAGGAUCUCAGAAGAUUUCUUUUUUUUCUGAGUUUAUACCCAGUAUCUUCAAAGAAGAUUUCUUUUCUGCUGGAACUUUCUCCAGGAAUUGAUGAGUUGAGAAGAUAAAGGAUAUCACCAAUGUAGAAGGAAUUUCUCUACCUUCUUUAUUCUUCCUUAAGGAAGAAACCACAUUGGUUUAUCCAGCCAGCUUCAUCUUGGAUUAAAUUCUAGUGACAAAUGAAGAGGAGUGAUUAUAUUUGCUAUUCUGAAAUUGGAAGCUAAAUUAAACCCAUCUCAGUUUUUCAUGAUGGCCUCUCAUCCAAGGAGCAAUCAUCUAUUUGACCAUCUGUGAUUCUCUACUCUGAGGGUUCAGUGUUAUGAAAUAUGCUUUGUCACUCUGUUCUCCACCCAGAAUAAGACAAUGGGACCAGAUCUGGAGUAUGAAAUAACUUUCAAGUACUGGGCCAUCAUCUCUUUGACACUUUUCAUUGACAACUGUAGACGACUCAUUGGUCCUGCCUAGCAUUUAUGUUAGGUGGCUUCCUAUGCAUCAGCACCUCUCUGGUGCCACCACUGUAACACACCAGGUCCCAUUUCUUCCUGCCAUUAAUGUUUGCAAAAUGCUUUACUGGGGCACCUGGGUGGCUCAGUGGAUUGAGAACUAGGCCUAGAGUUAGGAGGUCCUAGGUUCAAAUUUGACCUUAGACACUUCCUAGCUGUGUGAUCCUGGGCAAGUCACUUAACCCCCAUUGCCUACCCCUUACUUUUUUGCCUUGGAACCAAUGCACAGGAUUGAUUCUAAGACGGAAGGUGAGGGUUUUUUGUUUGUUUUUAAACAAGAACUAAAAACACAUGUUCUAUCAAUUAAUACAACAGCCCUCUGGACUAAAUUCCUAUUAUGCAAAGAGAAAUUCAUCUCAGUAACUUGUUAGCCCAGGGUCACACAGCUAAGAAAUGUCUGUGGUGGAAUUCAAACCCAUGUCUUACUGGUCCCAAGUUCAGCAAACCAUCUGCUACAAUGUCCAAAAGAUGGAGCCUUUAGCCAAGAUUCCACAUAUGGUCUUAGUCAUCAAUAAGUAUGCCCACCCUUCAAUGGCCAUAGGAGGGAAGAUAGAGCAAGCAUUUGUUAAUCACCUACUGUGUUCUGAGUACUUUGCAGCCAUUAUCUUGGGAACAUGACAGGAAUCUUCCCCUUUCUUCCUAGGCAGCUCUUUUGAAUCCAUAUCACUUUUUCUGAUGCACUAUUUAAGAUGCAGAGCAGUUAUCUUUGGCCCUUGAGAAAGGUGAAGCAGGCUACCAUUUUAAGUCUGGUGAUGGCAUGUGUUGUGUUUCUCUACAAGAGAGCUACAACUUUUUUCUAUGGUGUUUUUGAUCCCUUAUAAAAUAUUUUUCUAUUACUUCAAUGAGAAAAAGAAUAAGCAAUCUUACAAUUGUGGAAACAUCUUAAAAGUUCCCUGAAAAAACUGGAUAGGUUCUAGCUAAUUUUAUGGCUCCUAAUGGUUUAAGUGGGAAACUAGCCAAGAACUCUUCCCAGGUUACACUAAUUGCUGGGAACCAUGUAACUGGCAUCCUUUUGUUAGUGUUCUCUUUCAAAUGUCACCUUAAAGACCAUAUUAAAGCCAUUUAACAACGAA